AUGUGUCAUCAUUUUGCAUUCUGCACGGUGAAUGCCGGACCUCAAUAGGCGUUUUCCUGCAUCGAGGUAUCUGCUGCUGCAUGCAUCCCGGCCAGCUUGCUUGUGCCCGCACCCGUACCCCGUAUAGCCGUACCGUACUCGCGCCCCGAAAUCGAACCAACGACCCGUAGACUUCCCUGGCGCUGGUUUUGGACCCGUUCGCAGGCUCAGCUUAUCAAAAUUAGGGAGACCAACACAUGAAAUCUUUCCACCUACGAAGGAGCUGAGCACAGAUACAUUUGCCAGGAAUUAUAACAGAAAAUUGCGAAGAUGGCAGACUUAAAGAACGAUUACAACAAAUAUGCAGACAUUGAUGAAGAUGAGAUUCUUAAGAAUCUCACAGAAGAACAGCUGGAGGAGCUUGCAUAUGAAUUAGACCCAGAUAAUAAUAUGCUACCAGCAUCAGAGCGUAUGCGACCUCAAACUAAGAAAGCUCCCACUGGAGAAUUUAGUAGACAAAAACUUCUUGAUUUUCUGGAAAAGAAAGCAAAGGAAGAAAAGGAUUGGGAAGAGAAAGUACCCUACAAUCCAGGCCAGAAAAGAGGUAAAGUGUAUCAGAAGAAGGAGGAUAAAAAGAAAGAUGAUGAAAAGACCAAUGGGAACAAAAAACAAGAAGAAUGGGAGGAUGAAUUAGAGGGUGCUACAGAAGAAGACCUUGUAGAAUUAGCAGGUAUUCUGGGGUUACACAGUAUGCUUGAUCAAGAACAAUAUGCAGCAUCUCAACGAAGUGUAUUAGGCGAUGAAAAAAUUGUAGGACUUGAUGGGGAGAGAAUGAAAUUUUCAGCUGUCACAAAAGCUAGCCUUCCCAAAGAUUUUGCAAUGGAACCCCCUAACACAACAGAUGUUGAAGGCUCAAUCAAGAAGCUGAAGGCAAAUGAUAAAGAACUCAAAAAUCUUAAUCUCAAUAACAUCAAGGAAAUCAAACUGGAUGUUAUCAAGGAAAUAUUUGCUGCAGCAGGAGACAACACAGUACUUGAAUCCCUCAGCAUGGCUAGCACUGGUUUAGCAGAUAAAGCAGCAGCAAUGGCUGCUGAGGUAAUCAAGAAGAAUUCAACAUUGAAGUCAAUGAACUUGGAAUCAAAUUUCAUCACCAGUGAAGGCAUGAGUAUACUCUGCAAAGCUCUGGCUAACAACACAUCAUUGACUGAAUUCAGAGUAGCAAAUCAGAGAUCAAUGAUAGGCAGUAAAGGAGAACAGGAAUAUGCCAUCAUGUUGGAGAAGAAAAACAAGACUCUUCUAAAACUUGGUUUGGCCUUUGAGCAUGCAGGACCUAGGUCAAUGGCACAAGAUGCUCUCAUGAGAAACAAUGAAGCAGUGCGUACACAGAAAUCAGGGAAGAAGUGAAACUGGUUAUAACAUGUGUUAACAUGUCACAAUCUCAAAGUGACUUCCUCUGCUAUAAAUGUAGACUUCAUCUCAUAGAACUCUUACUCAAAACUCAGUUCCUUUCACUUGUGUUUGUGUGUUGGGUGGAGGGAUUUUCUCCUGCUGGACAACAUCUUCUGGAUAUUUGCAGUUAAUCUGUUAUGAAACCAAUGGAGAUCAAUGGAAACCUGUAAAUACACUCUUUAAGGUGCCCAUGUAUAUGAAAUAUUCUUGAAGUGAUGAUUCUGAAUCUCCAUUUUUUUUCUAGCUUCAGCAAAAUAAAAAAGAUAAGUUUGAUUAUAUCUAAUACUUCCUUUACUUGUAUUUUUUUGCUAUCAGUUUGAAAUUUACCAGUAGACGUCAUGUUCAAGUAUUUUGGUCAAAUCCAGAGUUAGGUUUGCCGUAUCUUUUUAUUUCGGAAUUAAAAUUGCAUUUUUUUUUUUGGAUAAAUAUGUUUGUUGAUUUGUUAUUUUGUUUGUAUUCAUAAGAAUUAAAUAGUUGAUGAAAUUAGCCAUUUUGUUUUUAAAUGUAAUGGUAAAAUUGUGUUUCCAUCAUUUCAUUGUCCAAUGAAAUCUAAUUGUAGAUAAAGUACACACAAACACACCCUUACAGUUCCUAUCACAGGCAGCCUAUCAAUAAACAUCUGUGAAAUAUGUUUUAUAUGUUGAAAGGGAACACUUGCAAACAAGAAUAUUCCCAUAUAUCUUGACCAAGAAUCACUUCAUGUAACACUUUAUUAGGUACUUAGAUUCAAUAAUGUUUCAUUUUGGGGACAUUUUUUCCCUAUCGAAGUAAAAUCUUUCCCAGGGAAGGUUACAAAUUCAAGGUGCACUAAUGAGGGAAGGGCAUGGCAGGUGUUUUUUUUAUAUUCCAAUCAAGCAUCUUAAAUGGAUUUUUUUUGUAGUUAUGAGUUAUGAGGCAAGCCCAGGGAAUAGACCAAGUGUACAUGCAGUACUACUUUGUACAAUAAAAGAAUCAGAAGUGAUACAGACAGCAACAUUGUGACAAUAUUUUUAGAAGCAGAAAUAUUAAUAUGUAACGAAUAAUCUUUGAAGGUCGUUUUGAGCUUGUUCAUGGCCUGAUCCUUGACUGAGAGUAUAUUUGUUACUGCUGUAUACAUGGACAUGCAUGCGAACUUUGUUGUGCCUGUAACAAAAGGUUUAGUGCUUGAUCUUACCAUUGAUUUAUAUGUUUGAUUGCACAUGAUGAUCAAUGCAAUCAGGCAUAAAACUCAGCCCUAAGAUCAAUCGCUAAGCUUUGUGUAACCUAGUACUGGUUUGUUUUCCACAGGCUUGCUGUUUUGAUAAAAGUGCAAUUACUAUAAGAUGCUAUGUUAUUCUGAAGUGUUAAGAGAGUUGCUUCUGCACCAUUUUGUACAUCCUUAUCCUGGAAUUAAUUUAUUGAGUACCAAUACGUAAAUCAGGUCUUGAUAAUUGCCUGUUUUUUUAUUUGUCGUAAUUUUAAAAUCAUUGGGCCCAUUGUGUAUAGGACAAGUAAUGGAUGUGAUUUGAAAAUAAUGUAAUAGUGUAGGUCAAUAUUUUUUUAGUUACUGAAAUAUUACUUUUAAAGUAGCAGUGGUUCUUUACUAUCACUUUAAGUUAAUAUCUUAAUGUAGUGAGAUCAGAUUUGUAUGGUGCUGCCAUGCUAGUAUGAUUAUAUGAAGAACGUAUUAGAGCAUUUUAUACAAAUUUGCCCAUGAUCAAAUUAUUUGAUCAGAUUUUAUAACAUGCAAAAUGAAAUAAAGGAGGCAAUUUUGCUUUUUAUUUUUAUCCUUGCCGUGCCAACCCAAUUUUCAAUUAUGUGAUAUCCAAGUAUAAUCAUACAUGUAUUUAUCAGAUCUAUUAAUCUUUAUCCCACCUAGGUAUCUUGUGGGAAUCUAUCUCUACUUAAAAAGAUUAGAGAAAACAGAAAUACAUACUAUUGCUUUGUGUCAAUAUACCCAUUUGAGAAACUUUGUACUACUUAUAAAAGCCAUGAUAUAUUGGACAUCGUGAUAAGUAAAAACAGUAUAGAUGAAAAAGGGAAAGUUACUUCAACUUGCAAACUGUAUUCAUUAUAUUCAUUAAAUGGUGAUUAUUUAACACUAGAUGAUAUUCAAUUGAGAGGCUUUAAGAACUAGGUAUAUAGAUUUUGUAGAGUGAUUUAUUGUAUUUUUAAUCAGCAUUUUAGGUAUAGAUGAGUGGCGUAGCACUAUAAAUAUUAGCAUUUCCCAUAAGUCCAUAUUUUGCUUUCUAUCAUGCAAAAUUACAUGAAAAUCAUUUCAAACAGAUUUUUAUUUUUUAUUUAGUUCAAAGUAUAGUAAAAGGUAUUGUAAAUAAACAAUGGUCAUUCAUCAAUAUUGCAAGAGUUGUAUUUGUUUAAAAAGAUGGAUUCUAGAGCAGGCAUUUGCCUCAAUGGUGAUUAUAUACCAGCAUUGUACAGGUUCAUUGACAGUUUACCCAUAACCUAUGUCACUGUACAAAAUAAAUAAGAAUGGGAUAAUUCUGUAGUCGCAAUCAUUUUCAAAGAUAAUUCUGUAGUCGCAAUCAUUUUCAAAGGCAACACCCCUAUUAGAGCAA